GAAUUUGGAUCUCGCUACGGAUGAAAAAACGAUAAUUGAGGACAAUCAGCGUAAUGAAGCCAAACUUCGAGAAGCUGAAGGUAUUGAUUGGAGAUCGAGAUAUUUUUUGCAUGAAAAUGACGAAUUUAACUUCAAACAAACCCAUCUUUCAAAAGAUCCUCAAAUUGCAAAACACCAAAUCGAGUCUUUUAUUUUCUCUUCAAAUUCACCAUCGGCAUUUGC